AGAUCUAAAAAGAUCAAUGGGCUUCUUUUCGUCAUUGUCCAGUUUAUUCGGAUUGGGAAAAAAGGAUGUGAACAUCGUUGUAGUUGGACUGGAUAACUCGGGAAAGACUACAAUUUUGAAUCAACUCAAAACUCCAGAGACAAGAAGUCAGCAGAUUGUGCCAACUGUUGGACACGUGGUUACGAAUUUCAGUACUCAAAAUCUCAGUUUUCAUGCAUUCGAUAUGGCAGGACAAAUGAAAUAUCGUAGUACAUGGGAAAGCUACUUUCACUCUUCUCAGGGUGUCAUUUUUGUACUCGAUAGCUCUGAUCGUCUUCGAAUGGAGUUGCUCAAAGACGAGUUGAUGAUGGUGAUGGAACACAAGGAUGUGGUUUCCCGAGGGAUUCCAAUAGUCAUUCUUGCCAACAAAAUGGACAUCCCUGGAGCGAUGACUGCUUCGGAUAUUACGGUAGCUCUAGGCCUAAACCUGUAUCGUAGUGGUACCUGGUCGAUACACUCAACGUGUGCACUCACUGGAGAUGGAUUGGACAAGGCUAUGCAACAACUUUCAGCUGAAAUCACAAAAUAUAUGGAAUCAAGGAGAACUUGAGAAAUUAAACUGUUUUUUGUAAACAAUGCAUGUGAUCUUGUAAAUUCUUGUAGAAAACCUACCAAAUUCGUAUCAAUUGGCAAAGCUGUGUAUUUAAAAAAUAUAAUUUAGAUUUGGAAACACAUAUGUUAACUGAAAGAGUAGGACUAGAUAUGAUUUUGUCUAAAUACUCUUAAAAUGUCCCAAAAAUCCAAAUAUCUAAACAUGUUUAAGAUUUUUCAACUUUUCCAGUCAACUUUGGCAAAUUGCCAAUUUUUUUACCAAUUUGGACUUUAUGAAAAACUUCGGGCAAUUUUGUAAAUUUGAACAAUCACAGCGUUUAAAUACAUAUAAUUUAAAUAUAAUUAAAAUACAAAACUAUUAGAAAUCAUAUUUUCCGGAUUUCCAAAAUUAUGUGCUUUGAAAACUGAGGAAUUGCCACUUUUUGUGGACUUUGGAGAAAAAAAAAUGUUUUCAAUUGUUAAAGAUAUUUUACCAUCAAGAUCUGAUUUUUCUAACCCCAAUUUUAUAAAUUAAAACAAAAAGAACUGAAAAAAAAUCAUAAAUUUCUAGUCAAAAAUUACUCAGUUUUCACUUAUCAUCAUUUUGGACGUUGAUCAUAAGUUGUAUUGUAUUGUAUUUAUUACGAUAGAGUUGUUCAACAAAUUUGGUAAUUUGCCAAAAAAUUUGACAAAAUAGUCCGAAAAGUUGUUUCAAUUAGAUACUUGGUUUUUUGUAAUAUGUUUUAGUUUUAGUAUAUUUGGUAUGAAACUCCUUACAAUUGGAGAUGAUGUUCUUUUUUCCAAUGUUCCACAUUUUCCUAAUAAUCCGUUUUAUCUUUCCUUGAAU